GUCGCCACUCACUUUUCCAUUUUCCCUCAUCCAACAACUACCAUGCAGACAAAAGACGUCGACAGCUACGCGCUCGUCACGACGCCCAAGAACAACGAAGCGCCACCGAGCGAGACGCCGACGAACACCGCCCCGAUGGUGUCCUUCGCCAAACUCUUUUCAUUUGCCGACACGACCGACAAGGUGCUCUUGGCGCUCGGGACGCUCAGCUCGAUGGUGCUCGGUGUCGCGCAGCCGCUGCAGAUCGUCUUCUUCGGCAACGUUGUCAACGCCUUCAACCCGACAUCGGCCACAGGCGCCGACGCAUUCCGCGAUAGCAUCAACCGCACCGUCAUCCAGUUUGCCAUUAUGGGCGCUGUCGUGCUCGUCACAGGCGCAACUCAGAUUGCAUGCUGGAACAUUGCCGCCGCACGCCAGACCAAGCGCCUCCGCCACGCCUACGCGACGGCCAUUCUGCGCCAGGAGGUCGGCUGGUUUGACGUCAACGAACCCAUGCAGCUCGCAACCCGCGUCGCCGACACGACGCUCAUCAUCCAAGAAGGCAUGGGCCGCAAGGUCGCGGAUGCCAUCAACUUUAUGACGAUGGGCCUCACGGGCAUCGUCGUCGGCUUUGUCUACGGCUGGGACCUCACGCUGGUGCUUCUCGCGCUCUCGCCGUUCGUGGCCGGCAGUGGCUACUACAUGGUCAAGACGAUUGCAGCUGCGACCCAAGGCGGCGUCGAGGCGUAUGCAGAGGCGGGCGGGGUCGCUGAAGAAGCACUGAGCAACAUCCGCACUAUCCACGCGUUCAACGCGAUGCCGACGGUCGUCAAGAAUUACAUGGCGGCCUUGCGCAAGACCGAAGCUGCCGGCGUCAAGAAGGGCCUCGCGGUCGGCCUUGGCACUGGUGGCAUGUUCUUUGUCAUCUUCUGCACGUAUGCGCUGGGCCUGUACUACGGCGCCGUCCGCGUCAGCACCGACCAGAUCACGGACAAGUGUGUCGGCAGCGGCUGCUACGACGGUGGCCGCGUCAUCAUCCUCCAUGGCGCUCGGCCAGGCCGGCCCUGGUGCGCAAGCCAUCUUUGCGGCCCGCGCGGCGGCCUACAGUGUCUUUGA